AGAGACGUCGACGUGGAGACAAAGGUGGUCAAAUUGAGCCGAACUGCAGAUACUAGAAUCCCGCCUCUCCGGGUCACCCAGCUCUUCGACAGGAUGAAUGCCGCUCCUCGACCUGGUGAUGCCUCCCCUUCCUGGUCCCUCCAGCUUCCGUAUCAUGCGCAGAGACCCAUCACUGGGUACAAGAGGCAUUCGUGCUGGGGCAACAGGCCCGGGUGAGGACGGCUCUGGCUCUGAGCCGGGGAAGAAGAGUAGAAAGGAUAUGACAAUAGAGGAAAGAGAGGCUGCCUACCGAGAAGCUCGGGACCGGAUCUUUGGUGCGAGCCUCGCAGAGAGCGAAGAGCAGUCAAAGCCUGUGGGUAGCUCGGUUGACGGAACAGCAAGGAGUAAGGGAAGCGCUGCCAACAGUCCCAGCAAUGCACGAGCUGGACUCGGAAUGAACUCUGCCACAGCAGGAACUCCUUCGUCUGCCAAGGGCUCGGUGGCAGGGCCUGCUCCACCACAAGAGGAGUUCAGGCCUUCGGGCGCUGCUAUCAAUCCCUACGCUGCCUCUGGUAUGCCUCCACUACCGUAUCAAUCAACGUACUACGAUGCCAAUGGCGCUCUAUUCGGCGCUCAACAAAACGAACCAGGCCGAUACGCAGCGAGCACAACAGGCUUCGAUAGAGAACCCGUCUGGCCUCAACUGACUCCCCAGCAACAGCAGCAACCCCCGUUUCACACUCCACCCUGGUCCCAAUAUCAACAGCAUGCCCAACAACAGAUGCCCCUGUACUCCCAAAACGGCGGUUCUGUACCGCAAGCCAUGUACCAGUAUCCAUACCCUCAGCCAAGUUGGCAACAUUCUCAGCAGGGUGGCCUGUACUAUGCUCAGAAUCCCUCUGGUAAUGGCUCUACUUCCAAUCUCAGCAGCUUCGAUGCCUUCUCCCCUUUUCCCCCUACGCCCAGCACAAACAGCUCCGUCGGUAUACCUUCUCCGGCGCCGAGCGUGAGCGGCAGCAGCAACUCUGCCGUCAGUCGGAGGGGAGGCAGAGGAAACGUCGAAGGAGAUGCGCAGCGGAGGGGAAGCAGAGCCAGUAGCUCCAGCGAGAGUCUGAGCGUCUCAAGAGCCGGCGCGACUGCGGGAACUGCACAGUCUGGGUUUCCAUCCCUGCCUCAUGGGCGACAACAACAGCAGCAGCAGCAAUUUGGAGAUCUACAGGCUUCUUCUGUAUCGACUUCGCGCUCUGCAAGCCCCGCCUCAAUGAGGCUACAACCAACCGACGGUAGAAGGAUCAUGACAUCGGCUGGCAAUGGGAGCUCGGGACGACUCAACGUGGGGGACAGAUCUUUGUUCGACCCCAAUCGUACUGGAGGAGGAGCAGGAGAGUCUUCCACCCAAGGCAGAAGCGCCAGGGUUCAACAUGGAGCAGAAGCAGCUACGUUGACAACACGGCAACAUCAACACCAACAGCAGAAUAUUCCUCACUAUGCUCCACAACAGACUGUCAUCGGCGGUGGAUAUGCGCCGCUCCCCUGGCCUCCUUCAACAGCUCCUUUCGUACCAUCGCAGCAGCAACAGGGAGUGUAUCAACAGCAGCUCCCCUUGGCAGCAAUGGGUUACUACGGGCUGCCUUCCGCCGUCCCCGUCUCGGACAUGCCUCUGCGCUACCCGACUGGGGUAGCCUCGCCGCCCGCUCUGACCGCAGGACUGCACGGUCGUCCGCUCCAGCACACAAUCGGAUCCUCCUCCAUUCGUCUAGGCUCCGUGAUACCGGCUCAAGCCGUUCCGACUUCUCCGGUCGUUGCAUCUGAGGGCGAGUCGACGCAACAUGGCCACCAGCAAGGACAAGUGGAACAGGGCAGUGUCGCAGGAACCAUCUCACCACCGCCGGCCUCGAUUCCUGGCUUACCCGCGAGACCAGAUUGGGUGCUGGGCUCACUCAAUGCGCCUCACGACGUGCGAAGCGCUGCGCUGGCCUCGUUACCAGGCAACGCACAGAGUCCUAACCCUGCCACUACAACUUCAGCAGCAACAGCAUCGAAAGCCAAUGAGGUCGGGGUUUCCGCUGCCCCUGGUGCUCUAGAGCCAGGCAGUCUAGCCACCACACCAAGGUCCAGCGUUCGCUCUCUCAACGGCUACGUGAUGAGCGACAGGGCCGGCGGGGAUGACGAGUUCGGCUCCAGUGAGGCUCGUCAAGAAGAAAGACGAGGAGGCGGCGGCGCAUUGCUCCUGAGCGACAAGAUGGCUCGAGCAGGUCUCUCCAACGAUGUCGACGUCGACGUCCGCGGGAAUGGAGACGAGAAGCAGGACGAGGGGGAAGAAGGCGACGACGAUGACGAGAGUGCCGAGAGCUCCAGUUUGGGCCCUAGCGCCAGCGCUAGUAAUGUUGGAGGUGACGAUGAGAGCGAGGGAGCUCCACCUGCCGGGGACAACGACGAAGAUGAGGAUGAGGGGGAAGCGGCGGGCGAGGCGGACGGAGCGGGUGGUGCGCUUGGGCUUGGGGUCCGGGGUGGGGAGGCCAAUCCGAGCAGCUGAGCACUUGAGGCCAGGCCACUGCUGGCGGAGCAGAAGGGUGAGCAGGAGCAAGGGUCAGUGGUACAGCUUGGUGGGAGGAGCUGCAGGAAAGCAGCUAGCUCAUGCUCCGGCGAGAUGCAGAGGGCGACGGACGAGACACAAGGCAGAGAGG